AUGCCACCACCGCACUUUACCUCGUCGAGCCAGGCCGCGCCCACAGCGACAGGCGGCCAGAGUGGAACAGGCGCCGGCUUGGGCGCCAGCGCUGGUGCAGGGCUCGGAUCUGGAGCGGGGCCAGGAGGAUCGGGGGCCAACAGUAGCUGGACGCUGGCCGAGCUGCCCAAGACGCAGCGACAUCUGGUCAGAGAGGCCCUCCUGCACAUCAAGACUGCCCUCGUCACCGACAAUGACGACGACUCGGCCUUGCAUGCCGCACCAGCCGCGUUCCAGGCAAUCGACAAGAUCGUAAACGAUGCCACAUUGCGGCAGCUGCGCCGCAAGGCUACCGAAGGUGGGGCCAAAGCGAAAGGUGCGGCCGGAGAACAGAGCACAGGCUCGCAGGCGCCGCCAAUGUCCUCUUCGUCAUCAGCAACUGCGAGCGGACAGGCUGGUGCCCCUUCUACAUCUGCCUCGGGAACAGCUGCGACAGCAUCAGCAUCAGCAACAGCAUCAGCAACAACAGCAGCAACAGCGACGGCAGCAACGACGGCCGAGGCCAACCUGCCCAAGCACGUCUCACAUGUGCUCAGCAGCUCCCUGUUUGACAUCUUCAGCGACAGCAUGGACCAGAACUCGCUCAGCCGCAACCAGCUUCUCGUCGAGUUCCUCCAUGCCCUCCACACCAUUCUCGAGCCGAGGUGCAUUGUGCUGGAGUGGUGGGACGUGGUGCUGAGGCCGAUGCUCAAGAACCCAAAGUGCCACGUCUCUGUCGCUGCCUGCGCCCGUGAGCUCGUCGUCUGGGCUAUGACACAGACGCCAGCCAAUGCGUACGUCGACGAGUCUCCGCCUUCGGCCAUCUGGCCCCCACCGCAGGGGGCCUCUGUCUCGGGCGACUACUCCGAGGUCAGGACAUCGAGAAAGCCCGGCGACGCACCUUACCCAUCCUCGUCAACUCGCUCGACCUCAGUCCAUCGUUCGACGUCGAGCCAGGGCGCAGACGAUCCUAUCCCUGCCGCCUUUGUCCUGCCCAAGCGAGGACCGGGGGCGGCAGACCCACUGCGGCGCUUCACACAACGCAUCUUUGACCUAUACACCUCCGAGGCCACCUCGGCAGGCAGGAACCUGGAGGACGUGGAACGAGAAGGGGCAGAAGAGGACGAGGAGGAUGAGGAUGAGGAUGAGGACGAGGAGAAGGAAGAGCGAGACCACCAUCAGCAGCAAGGAAAAGAGCAGGAAAAGGGAGGCAGCAGCGACGAUCAGCAGCGAGACGCCGAUCUUGUGGGCACCACCUGGAAGGGUAACUUGGAGGCCAUCCUGCUCACCUAUGGCGACGAAAAGGCAAAACCUUUCUUCCACCAUCUCUCCGAGUCCUACCUCGACCCCGCCGCGCGCUUGCCUAUCCUGCUCCUCCUCACAAUCUUCUUGCGCAUACACUCCGUGCACACAUACUACAUCAUCUCGACGCCCCUCGUUCGCAUGCUCGUCCUCAGCUUGCAGCUCGACACGAGCAGGACCAGCACCUCGCUCGGUCUGACGGCCCUCGUCAUGCUCCUGCCACACAUUCCAAAUUGGCUUGCCAAUGGCGGAGCAGGGGGCUUGCCAGCCCUACUCAGCAUCUUUGCCAGGGUGGUCGACUGGAGGCGCCUUGGUCCGGGAUGGGAGGAGAGGCAGGAGGCGCAAGAGACCGGCGAGGACGAGGGAUGGGUUGUCAACGACCGACUUGCGAGGAGGCUUCACAUCCGAAAGGGCAUCGAUUGGAAAAGACUGGACUCGAGCUUUGAUACGGCUCCGACAGCCCCUCCAGAUGCUGGCCGCUUCUUCACGGUCCUCUAUGGCAUCUUUCCGUGCAACGUCGUGCGCUUCCUACGGGCGCCCAUCGAUUACCUUCGCAAGGCAGAGUGUCCCACGCCGCUCGAGGCUGACUGGGAAGACGUCAUCGAUGAGGUUUCCGUCCAGCACAAGUCAGCUCCCAUCCUUCGACGGCAUUUACUCCACCCUGCAUUGAUUGAGCUCGACGCUGAAAAGGAGAUCAGCGACAAGCAGCGAUGGAGCGACCACGACGCCGCCAACAUUGCCGCGGAAUGCACCUCGCUCGAUCUCGGUCACAUGGCGGGUAAUGAGCCGGGAGGCGAUGUCGGUCUCUUUGCUCAGCCGGGCUCCGCUGUCGAGGAUCGCACUGUCUUGCUGGAUCGCUUCCUCAGUGCAUGGGACCCUCUCGACCUGGCUGGCGGACAGAAGCCAUCGUCGAUUGAGCAGGUCCUGCUGCAGCGUGGCGGAGGCGGAGCGAGCAUCGGAGAAACCCUCAUUGGCGGCAUCGAGGACGACUUGGCACGACAGCACGCCAAUCUAUCACCGAGAGCGAGCAUCCUGCAGCAUCCCAGCAGCAAUGAUGGGCGUACCAGGCGCUUCUCCCGGCAGCGCUCUCGAUCAGAGAUUGUCAGCCAACAAGGCCGGAAUGCGCUUCGCGCCGAGCUGCUUGCGGAAGGAGAGACGCUCCGGGCAGGGCGAGCGGGAACACCUGCAGCUUCCUCGCCUCAGCCUCUUGGUCGUCGCCGCGAUCCUUCGGUGCACUUUUCGCCGAACCUCGAGGCACCUCAGCACCACCGUCGUCGUUCGCCACGUGGAAGUCGAGCGACGUCGAUGACAAGCCAAGACGGCAGCCGACCUUCAACGGGGAGCAACAUGGAUGGCAUCUUUGCCUCGUACUUGCCCCUGCGUUGGCGCGUUGAAGCAGCAGCUGCGAGCCGUGCAUUUCCCAAUGCGCCCUCCACCCCCAUGACAGAGGACAGGGUGUGGUCUGGGAGCGAGGGCAAGAUGAGCAGGUCGACCUCGCAGCGAUCGAAUGUCGGGGGUACACCGAUCUCUUCGCCUGCUGGUCACAUGCCGCGCGCUUUCCCGGCACCUCGCAGCAAUCUGGCCUCGGCCAUCAUGUCGCCGGCGAGCUCGGCGGAGUCAGGCGCAGACAACAGCAGCCCUUCGAGACGGCCCCUUCCCCCAGCGGCAAUGUCUGCACAAGGAUCCUUUUCUUUGCCGCCUUCUCCGAUCAAUCGAGCGCACGGGCAUCCAGCUGCUGCACCCGCAUCGAUGACGCCGUCCAAAUUGGAGAGAAAUCGAUCAGGAUCCAUCUCGUCGGUCCUGUCCUUGGCCAAUGGCGUCUCUGAGAAGAACCUUUCAACCGCAGCAACAGCAACAACAACGACGACGCCGACACCGCUGCGACUACAUCACGAAGCCCCUUCCUCCAGCUCUUCCUCGGCUUCGUCGUCCUCGCUCGUGGCACCUACCGCUUUGAUGAGACGAGCGUCGGCCGAGGGGGGUCCUACCCCUCUUCAACAGAUCCAGGCUCUGCAAACGUCGCCGCCUGCUGCUGCACGCAUGACGUCCUCGUCUCGUGCGCAAUUGUACAAGGAGCUCAAGUACCUGCAGAGCGAGAACUUGAUGCUUCGCAAGGAGCUCAACUACGAAAUGGCCCUCAAAGAUCAGCAUGUACAGCACAUGGGCCGUCUGCACCGCGACAAGUUCAACGACACGGCACUAGAGGCCGAGAGACAGAACCUGUACCAGACUGUGCGGAGCUUGCGGGGCCAGCUGAGUGCGCUGCAGGCCUCGACGGAGCGGCAGCGCAGCGAGGCGGCGACGAUCAAGACGCGCCAUGCGGCAUGGGAGGCCGAGCUCAACGGCAAGCUCAAGCAGUAUCGCGAAGAGCGAAAGACGUGGACGUCGGAGUCGAGGCGGCUGAGGAGCCAGCAGGACGAAGACGCGAUGCGCAUCCGCCAGCUCGAGGCUGAGCUCGAGGAUACGGGCAGGGAGAUGGUCGAGAUGAGGGAGAAGCUGGGCCUCCAGACGCGAGAGGUCGGCAGGGUCAACGAGUACAAGGAGCGGGCGAGGAAGCUGGAAGAGUGCCUGAGAUACUGGGGCGAGGAUGUGGAGAGGUACGAGGAGCAGCGGAGAGAGGUCGAGGUGCUCUGGAGCCGGUGGGGACAGAUGGAGGAGGUCCUCAGCGCCGCCGACGGGCAGGUCGAGGCGCUGAGGGACCAAGUCGAGCAAAUGGAAGCUAGAAACGAAGCGCUGGAGAGAGAUUUGCGGGACAUCCGGCACAAGCAGAGUCUGCGCGACGUCGAGGGAAGUAGGGACAGCCACGAAGGUGCGACAAAGGAGAAGCGACACGGGGACGAGGGCAUAGAAGAGGGAGACGGUGAGGCGGCAGAGAGGGAAAAGCUCAAGAGAAAGGUAGAGGCCCUCGAAAUGCAGCUGCUAGACCUAAAGGCAGGCGAAGAGGAGCGCCUCGCGCAGAGGCUGUACCAAGAGAGGAAAAAGUGGGUAGAGGCGGGGCCGCGACAUGCCGCAGUGGUUGCGCCGCAAUCAGGAGACGGGGGAGAGGCAUUGACGGAAGAGCGUCAAGUCCUCGAUCACGAGAUUCAACCUUUGGAUCUCGGAUCGCCUCGGCUCCAGGAGUAA